AUGGCUCCUAAGGCAGAUCUUGCUAAGAUUGGCAAGGAAGGGUUCGACAUAAUCGAUAGGUUCUUUGGCAAAAACAGCAACAACCAUCAUGCCCCACCAAAAGAACCUAAAUGGCUUCUCGAGCAACAAGUUUCUCUUCAGCGUUACAAACCUCAAGAUACACGCACAUACUACUAUCAACCACCACCCCAAGAAGAAGCAGCUCCUAAAGGUGCUCGAGUAACCAAGGUGGCUUACUAUCAACCCCAGCAACCACCACCGCAAGAGAAAGAAUCAUAUGCCCGCUACUAUCAACCACAAGAAGCUCCUAAGACUGCGCUAGUAACCAGGGUUUACUAUCCACCCGUACAAGAAGCUCCUACUGGCCGAGCAAACAAGGCUUAUGAAAUGAGCGGCUAUCAUUAUUCUGAAACAACAUCACAGGCUCAUUUCAUGGAGUAUCAGAGGCCAACUAUGCGUAUGUCCUAUAACUAA